AUGUAUCAGGAGCCAUACUACCUCAACAUACCACCCAAACAGGAGCCACACUACCUCAUCAUACCACCCAAACAGGAGCCACACUACCUCAUCAUACCACCCAAACAGGAGCCAGACAACCUCACCAUACCACCCAAACAGGAGCCACACUACCUCAUCAUACCACCCAAACAGGAGCCAUACUACCUCAACAUACCAUCCAAACAGGAGCCACACUACCUCACCAUACCACCCAAACAGGAGCCAUACUACCUCAUCAUACCACCCAAACAGGAGCCUGACUACCUCACCAUACCACCCAAACACGAGCCUGACUACCUCACCAUACCACCCAAACAGGAGUCAGACUACCUCACCAUACCACCCAAACAGGAGCUAGACUACCUCACCAUACCACCCAAACAGGAGUCAGACUACCUCACCAUACCACCCAAACAGGAGUCAGACUACCUCACCAUACCACCCAAACAGGAGUCAGACUACCUCACCAUACCACCCAAACAGGAGCCAGACUACCUAACCAUACCACCCAAACAGGAGUCAGACUAUCUCACCAUACCACCCAAACAGGAGUCAGACUACCUCAUCAUCUCCUGGCAGGACUUAACUGGGCCUGCAACUUGA